GUCGCGGGACGCGUCCGGCAUGCACACGCUGCGCGCCGGGAUGCUGACGCGCAGCCGGAGCCGAGGAGGAGCGCCUGCAGGAGAGAAAAACCCCAGCCCUGUGAAGCGACCACACAAGGUCAGGAGACUGGACAUGGCCUAUGAGGAGGAUCCAGAGGGUGAGAAAGGUGACAGGGUCCAGGCCCCAGGCUGGGAGCCCCAGGACUGGCGAGAGCAGCUUGCCAACAUCCGCGCCAUGAGGAGCAGGAGGGAUGCCCCCGUGGACCAGCUCGGAGCCGAGCACUGCUACGACACCGGUGCCCCCCCAGAGCAGGUGCAGAGGUACCAGGUGCUGCUGUCCCUGAUGCUCUCCAGCCAGACCAAGGACCAGGUGACCGCGGGUGCCAUGCAGCGGCUGCGGGCCCACGGCCUGACGGUGGACAGCAUCCUGCAGACAGAUGAGGGCACUCUGGGCCAGCUCAUCUACCCUGUGGGCUUCUGGAGGAGCAAGGUGAAGUACAUUAAGCAGACCAGCGCCAUCCUGCGGCAGCGCUAUAAUGGAGACAUCCCAGCCUCCGUGGCAGAACUGGUGGCCCUGCCGGGCGUCGGGCCCAAGAUGGCCCACCUGGCCAUGGCUAUCGCCUGGGGCACCGUGUCGGGCAUCGCAGUGGACACACACGUGCACAGAAUCGCCAACCGCCUGCGGUGGACGAAGGAGGUGACCAAGUCCCCAGAGCAGACUCGCGCCGCCCUGGAGAGCUGGCUGCCCAGGGAGCUGUGGAGCGAGGUCAACGGGCUCCUGGUGGGCUUUGGCCAACAGACCUGCCUGCCGGUCCACCCUCGCUGCCAGGCCUGCCUCAACCGGAGGCUGUGCCCGGCUGCCCAGGGCCGUGCGUGAUGUGCCCUUCCUCAGGGGGCCUGUUUAAUAAAGCGUGGGGAUUGUUUGUA